AUGUUCUCCAUUUCUCCUUCUCCAAUGAAUGGCGUGAUGAUCACAAACUCCCCCCAUAUUUCUCCUCCACCAACUGGCGACGUGGUCAUUGAAAAUAGCGGUGAAGGAGAAGACGUCAUCGAUCGCCAUCUCCUCACGGGGGACCAAAGACACAAAGCGGUUCGUCCAGGGCGAUGGCAAGGCAGGCGUCGGCGAGAGAAAAAGGGGCAUCGAUGGCAAUGGAGGAGGAAAUUAGUGGCAACAACAUUGAGAGACCGAGAGGGUCGCCAUCUGAUUAUUCAAAUCGGAAGCCAACAAGGCCAACGCCUUAAUUCAGCUUACGCCAUUGCUACCCCUCCACCUCAACAAUGA